AUAAAUAUUUUAAACUUUCAAUCCAGUUGAAUAUUUCAAGUACCGAGAUAUUACAAUUCAUGCCAACAAGCAUAGCAAUUCAUCCGUUCGACGUCACCUUAAUGAAGAUACUUUUACAUCUUAUUGAAACUAGAGAAGCUUAUUCACUGGUGUAUAACGACGCCUGUCGCAGAAAAUGACAGAAAGCCAUUACAAUAUGUAUUCAUUCAACUUUUCAUAAAAUCUUACAUGUACUGUAUAAAAUGUAAAAAAUUAGAUAAAAAGAAAAAAGUAAUACCUGUUAUUAUUUUUCAAAUCUUUAUAUAAAUAUAUAAGGUAAUAAAAUUAUUAAACAAAUUUUGUGAGAAUUAUCAAGAAAGGAUGGUCAAAUUCAGAUUUGUUAUAAAUAUAAUUCUAUGUGUAGUUGAAACGACGGAAUAAUAACAUUUUUAGUAUCAAUGAAAAACAGAAUGUUAAAAAAAAAAUAUGCAGAUGAGACUUAAAUAGUAAAAUGAUAUGCGUAUGGUUGUAACAAGGUAAUAAUAAACGGUAAAACUGAAUUAAUUUGAUAUAUUUAGCAAUGCUCUACUUAAAUUCUAAAGAUAAACAAUUGACAAGCGUAAAAGCUUAGGAUGGUCUGAACUCUCCCUCCAACCCUCUCUGUGUAAAAUCAAUAUUUCUAACGGAAGGGUAAGAGUAAGAGACGAGGAUAGACGCGAAUCAGAGAAGGGGUGCGAUUACAACUACUCUAUAAGCAAAGCCUGUUGCUGCUGCCACAUUUCAAACUUCGUUCUUGCGAUAACUUGUUCGUUUCAAUUGGAAAAGUUUCAUUCUCCAUUGUUCAAAUUUCAAAAUUAGAACUAAAGUUAGUGAUGUGCUGUGAACAUCAAUCCAGAGAUUAUGGAUAAUCUUACUAAUUGGACUGGUGGUAUGAACGUUACUACACCAAUACCUGGACAAAACUGUGUUUCUAAUUUGUCAGCAUCUUCAAUAUUAGAUAAAUUAUUGAUCACAACUCCAUCAUUGGUGUCAAUAAAUCAAGAAUUGAAAUGGAUUUUUCUUUUACAUACAUAUGGUUUCGCCUGUUUGUUCUUUGUACUUGCAUUUUAUACAUUUCUAUCUAUCUUACAUUUAAGAUCUCUUAUAUCUAGCCGGCCUUUUAUGACUACAAUUAAUAUGUUUUUAUGUAUACUCGGAGCAUCAAGGGCAACUUGUCUCUUUAUAGAUCCGUAUAAUCUUAAAGAUAUUAUGCCCAAAAUUAUUGGAUCUGUGAUAUGGGAUAUUGGAUUUCCCUGUGUCACGUCAGCUUUUAGUCUUAUACAAUUGGCAUUUUUGCAGUUAACUCAGCUUAAAUUUGGACCAGAAAAAUUACAAAAAGAAUCUUGUCUCAGUUUAGUUAUAACAGCACACUUUGUUUUUGUGAUCGCUAGCGACAUUGCUCUUACCUCUCAUAACUGUAACAUGGUGAAAUACGUGGUCCAAACAUUGUUCCUUAUUUGGAGUAUUCUUUUGUAUUUGAUAUUCCUACAUGCAGGAUAUAAAAUAAUUCAUCUACUGCAAACUGUGCCAAGUAGUAUGCUGAUGAGAGAUAAUUCGAAUAUACAUCACAAAGGCAUUAUGCAAUUAGCUAUGUUAGCACCCUAUAAUAACUUAGCAUCAUCUGUUGCUGCUGCCUUAGUACCUACUUUGCUCAAUUCUAAAGUUAAAGAUGUAGAAGAAGCCGAACCUGCAACUUUUACAAACGAUUCGAACAAAACUUCCACAGAUGGACUCAUUAAAGUAACUAAGAAAGAGCAGAUUCAAAGAGAUUUUAACAAAUCUCCAUGUAAAAGUAUAUCGCAGGAUGAGAAAGUAGUUCCUGUGUCAACGGUGCCAGAAGUAUAUGUCAGACCUCCAACACCUACACCAUCGACAAUUAAUGAACCUAUAAUAACGGUAACCAGCCCAAGCCGUAGAAGCUCCGUAGCCAGUAGACGGAGCAGCGAUGCAUCUAAAUCUUCUAGAAGAAACUCAGAAUGCAGUGUUAGAUUUAUAAACGAAGAGGAUGGUUUCGCUACAUCAGGAUAUCGACGCAAUUCCGACUUUAGUCCUAAACAUUCACCCGAAAUUAAUAGAAGACGAUCACCGGAUAGAAUGUCCAGAAGAUAUUCUGAAAAUGUUACACCAAUAGGAAGCGUUAGAGAUUUAAGACGAUGUUCUGACUUUUCACACGAAAAAAACAGAAGUUCUCAAUUUGCUGCUAAAUUGAAAAGAAAUAGCGAUUUUGGAAACAGGACACCGAGACGAAUGUUACCUACAAAUGAACAUUCGAAAUUACCAAAAGUUAUGGAUUUGAGUCCUUCAGGUUCAAGACGUAAUUCAGAUAUUAGCGGCUUUACUUCUAGAAUUGAAUUACGAAGAAAUUCAGAUAUUUCUUUCCGAGACAAUUCGAAACUUGGUCAGAUGAAAUCGCUGGAUCUAAAUCGUCGGAGUAGCGACAUAAGUAUCAGAACUUUAAGUAGAAGUCCUACUCAUGGACGUAGUAUAGUUCCUGAAAAAAUGGAAAUACAAGAAAAAUCUGAAUCUGAUUCGGAUCAACCUGAUUGUAGUGAAAAGGCAGCUCUAAUGACUGAAAAGAAUAAAGAUAAAGAUAAAGAUAAUGAUGAUGGAAAAACACGAAAGAAAAAUUUAUCCUGGAAAAACGAAAAAGAGAAAGAGAAAGAAGAUAUUGAAGAUAUAACGGUUGAGACUAAUUUACUUCCUGAAACCACGAAGCCUGAAGGAAAAAUUGCGAGUAGCGAUUUCACGCUUCAUUCAAUAUUGAAUCACAUUGCAUACGUAAACAGAACAAAAUCUGAUACACCUUUGCAUAUAUUAGAAGCAAACACUGCAGCAAUUAGAAGAUCGCAAAUCCGAAAAGUAUUGAACAUUACAUAUGCAACCGCAAUUUUAGGAAUUAUUUUAUGCAUUACGGACGUAGCACGUAUCUUCGGACCGUACGGUCUUUUAGCUGAAAGUGUAACAUAUGGUACACGGGCCAUUAUCACACAAUAUCCUAGACCAUGGCCCUGGUUUAUGUAUCAAACUGUGUGUAGAGGUAUAGAAUUGAUAAUGGGAUGGGCAAUGGCAAGUAUUACUAAGCAACCAUCAGUUCGUCCGCGACAUCAGUAUCUGAGUGGUUAUCCUAACUGUAAUAUACAUGUGAAACGAGGUAAUAAUCCUUACUUAUGAAGCAAUAUAUUUUUAAAUCUACAUAUACAUAUACGUAUAGAACCAAAGAAUUGAUAUGCCAAAACAAAUAUUUUUGAAACUUUAUAUUUUACUUGUGUGUUUACGUUUUCAAACUCACAAAGAGUAUUACUUGUACCACUUUUUUUCUUAUGAUUAAGAUUACGAAUAAUUUUGUACGUCUUAAAAUCAGUACAUAACAAACCUUACUUGUUAAUAGUAUUUCAAACAAAAAAGGAACAAACUUAAAAAUAUAAUUCAGAUUUGUGUUAUUAUUAACAAUUUGAAACAAUUUUUAAUUUCCUUUA